UCUGCUCUCUACUCAAGGUUAAAUAUCAAGUUCACGAGCUUUUCGCACAAGUAAUCGUAACAUUUGAAAAGAGUAGGUGAUUAGUUUUGAUUGACAGCUUUACGAUUCCCAUAAAUUACAAAAAAAUACUCCUGAGUAAGAGUUUUUUUCUUUUCUUCUGCAGACCCUUGUUUGUCUUUGCGCUGGUCUAAGUAGCUGUCAUGUCGUUUAUCAUGUGUUCAGAUGCUGCUGCAAGAGCCAGUCCAAUAACAACCCAAAUAGACAAUGGAGUGAAUCACAUUGUCCUGAGACGACUGUAUACUCCAUACAGUCAACAUCCCUUCUUUACUAGUCUGCCAUUAACCAAAACUGGACUCCAAACUGGAACUUAUGUUGAAACCGAUACCAGAGGGAAUGAUAGAGAAGCCUUGUCAAUCAUUGACCAUCAAACAAACACUCUAUGGUUUACAGAAGGUAUCUUUAGUUAUAAUCCGUACAGCCCAAAUAACCGACAGUCCAGAGCAGAAAUAACUAGAACUUUAGUGCACAGUGGAGUAAGGCCAGCACGCAGCUCCCAACCUCUCUCUGGAAAUUCUUAUAAUUCAUACCCAGUGACUAUUAGGAAAGCAUCUUACAAAGAAGCUGCCAGUCUCUUUCAACAGAGCUCCAGUCCUCCACAGGUUUGGGACCCCAAAGAUGCUCAGAAAUCCUACAUCAAAGAAAAGGUUCCCAGAAAUGACUCUCCUUCUCUUUUUUCAUCCCAGACUGGUAGAUAUUGGAGUACUUCACUGCCAACUUCAAUAGGGCAUUACAGCGGCUUUACAGUGACAAAUGAGCUUGCUGCGGCUGGGGCGCACAGUACCUCUACUGGGAUUCAAUCAAGCAAAUUUCUCAGCUCCCUAAGCCAAACUGCUCCUCGUGCAUCAUCAAUCAGCAACAGCUUAGACUCCUCCGCUAUUAAAAGCAUCCCCAGGCCAGAAAAACUGACAUCAUCCAUCAUAAAUUUUUCCCAGGGGUUUCACUCGGUGAGCAGCACUGAGACACCAAGACACAAAAAGGUCAAGUCAUAUCUGCUAAAGGGCUCCCAGACCUCUUUUGGUGAGACAGUGCAUACAGUCACUGGUGAUGGAUCCAGUGCUUUUCCCACAACACCACAUAAGCAAAGGGCCUCUGAUGCACAAGUUUACAGCAGGGUUUCUUCAAAUAUUAAACAAUUACAACAAUCAGAAAGAAAAGGCCCAACAAAGAGAGUACUGCAUCUCUCUGAAAAUUCCAAUCCCCUGACCAACUCUCAACGAUACAGCUUUGACAAAGGAAAGGACUAUAAAAUCGCAAAUAGGCUUAUAUACCCCUCUUUAUCACCAAAGUUUAGCUUUGGCCAGAGAGAAGCAUCUACUACACCAGCAGAAAUUGAGAGGACACACACAGAUAAUUCCUCAGAUAUUCUUACAAUGAAAACUUGGCCUUCUCCAAGGCCGUUGACCUCAAGAUUCGAGGAAGCCCGCCCUCUGCUACCUGAAAGUGAUGCCGGUAUGGACAGCAACCCAGAUCGCAGACAGUUUAGAAUCCACAAAAGAAUAUAUGGUCUCAAAGGAUUUGGCACUCGACCACUCGAGGGAGCCAAAACUUUAGUUAGUGAGCCAGACAUGUCUGCCAAAGUCCAGCAGGGUUUUGAAGGUUUUAAACAUAGAGGCUCACAGAUCUGGCAACCGAAAAGCACCCAUUCCACAAAGAGCCGAAAUGAGCUAAGAAGUGAAGAACUUAAACCACUUUUAACGACAGCAGGAAGCACUGAAUCGGUCACCAGAUUUACACCUGACAAAUACAAAAAUAGACACAAAAUCUAUACCUUUUUUAGGCUUUGGCCCUGUUCAAAACAGCAUUGCUAGAAACAAUGCACACGAACAGAAUCCAGCAUCACCAAGUCCCAGAAUUUCCUCAGCUAUUCUCAGAUCAGCAGGGAAACCCACAAUUGAAUCCAGCCCAAAAUCUGAGCCAAGAACCCAAAUCUGUCGCAAGUGAGGCGAGCAUGCUCGACAGUUCUACCAGCCGCAUCGUGAGAGGCAAACGUGUGAAAGGAAAUGGCAAAAAGCUCAAUGAAUAUACCCUCACCAAAGACACUGGAAAUGCAGCCAUAGUCAGGCUGCUUAAGAGGCCUGCCAGGGUCAUAGCUAUCACGUACGCCGAUAUUCUUGGCAGUGCCUCGUUCGGUGGUGUCACAGCUACAACUCAGACACCAAUCACACCAGCUGAUAAGGACUAUUUGACAGCUACAACCAUGCAAAAAGAAGGGGCGGGUCAUUGGACUGAGGAUGCUGUGCCUAGUAGCGGCAACACGAGCAGAAAUCCUGCAGCACAUGCUAAAGAUGAGGUAGAUUUCAGUAGUGUUGAGGAAAACAAGUUGGGUGUUAGAAGUAAAGAAGUUGAUAAUGGCAUGAAAACAUCAGAUUUUUUUUCUGGAUAAUGAAGGAAGUGGGGCUUUUGACACGUCUUAUGUUUUGUCAACCGAUACCAGUUAGGGGCAUAGUGUGGAUUCACUAGAACUAGAUUAUCUACGAAUAUCAACGUGUAAUAUCUCCUUCAAGUCAAUGAAUUUGUCCCAUACUGAGAAAU